AUGCCCGAAGUGGCCGGGCGAACGUCCCUGGUUCAAGUCGAUGCUAUCCAUGCCUGUCGCACUUCGCCCUCCGGCGGAGCUUUCGUACUGGCCGACCAUGUGAACGGCAGGGCUCGUGCAUCUGCACGGGCUGGUGCGUGGCGCUGUCAGAGGCAUGCCGCCCGCCGGCCCCAUUCCCCCAACAAGCGCUUCCGCAAGUCAGACCCGCAGCAGCGGGCGUUGAUGAGCGAAAUGCUGCGGGAGGAGACCGAAGGAGGUAUCCUGCAAGCAGUGCAGCGGCUUCGGGAAAGGGACUGCCUUUCCAGCGCCCAUGACUACACCAGUGUGGUCAUUGCUUUUUCCCGCAAGAACUACUGGCAGAGGGCGUGUGACGUCUUGUCAGAGAUGCAUGCCCGUAGUCUGGCAGCGAAGCCAGUUGCCUACAACAAUGCCAUGAAUGCCUGCUUAAGCAGGGAGAACUGGCAGCAGACGCUCGAAUUGCUGCGACAGAUGAGAGGCCGGGAGGUACUUGGCGAUUUGUUCUCCUACACCAAUGCCCUGACGGCUUCCAGCCGCGCGGGUUUGUGGCAGGACUCUUUGAGGCUUAUUUGGGAUAUGGUGGGAGACAAAGUCGCUCCUGACAUCGUCGCAUUCAAUGCGGCCCUUGCCGCCUGCGAGGUCGCAGGCCGCUGGCAAUGGUCGCUUCAGCUGAUGAAAGCCUUGGGCCAAGCCAAGCUGCAGCCAGAUGACGUGACCUACCGAUCGAUCACGCGUGCACUGGAGGCCGCCGAGCAGCAGCUGCGGGCGCUGCGCCUUGAAAUGCCGGGGCGUUUCUGGGGCCCCUCUCCAGACCCAACGCUGGGCUCGGAGGAAGGCCUCGCGACUUCCGGGCAGCCCCUGCACUACUGCAUCGUGCAGUGCGAUGAGCAGGGUUUGGAGGGCUGGUCGCUGGCAGCCGGCAGCAAACACCGGCGCUGGGACACGCUUUUGCUUGGGCUGCUGCAGUGCUUCAUGAUGGAUGGGCAGUGGCUGCGAAAUGUGGCCGCCUCAGUUUUUGUGGGCCCCGAUGCCCUCCAUGCCACAGGGGCCUUGCAGCCGCUGGUGAUGACGGCACUGGGCCAGGGCAAAGACGGGCGCCCUUUCUACCAACCGGCCACCUUGAAAGCCUUUGAGGAGUCGCUGUGGAGGCAGCGUGGCCAGGAUGCGGAGGGCCUCCGAUGGCAGCUCGCACAGCGCCGGCCGCGCAAUCAGGCGCAGGCAAAAGGUAUGCUCCUGGAAAGCCUGGGUGAGCUCUUCGAUCAUGCGCCGGAGAAGGCUGGCGUCCUGGCCUUUGAUGCUGGUGCCACCCGGACAUACAACGAGCUGCUGGCAUCCAGCUGGGCGGCAGGACGCGAGAAGCUGUUUGUGCUCCUUGGCGGUGCGCAUGGCUUUGAUGGGAUGGAUGAUGCCGACGGCCGCUUUUUCGCAGAGGUUCUGCGUCUUUGUGAAGACCGUGUCGGCGCAUCGAACGUGGCGAAGGUCACGCUCGCAGAAGAUGCCAGCGCUGCCGUCUUCCCACUGUCCAAAGUCAUCAGCUUCAUCAGUGUGGAACAUUGCCGCGGUGUCUUUGCGGGCGAAAGAAAGGCGCUCGCAGACGGUGCAGCAAGAGGAGGCUAUGAGGGCUGUCUUGCCACUCUUUGGCUGAUGCGCAGCCUUUGCUCCUGCUCAGUUCCGGGACAUCUACCGGAACCUGCGCCUCGAGGAUUGAGAGAACUUCGCAGGACUUCAGAUUUCGACCCCCAGAGCCAUGCGCUGCCACGCCCACUCGCAAUGGCCACUGCCGUGGCCAGCUUUGGGCAGCCCUUUGCCUGCCACUGCUCGGCAAAAUCUCCACAGAAGCAAGGCGACCUGAGUGAUGAUUCCGUGUCAUGCCCCGCAAAGGCAGGGGAGGAUGACGAUGCUGUGCGAAGGUUGUUGAACACGAUCGAGGGGGACGAGCUCGAAGUCUGA